AUGAUGGAUGUAGGCAACGAGCCUGACGUUUCCAAGAUGAACAUCAAGAUUGCAAUUGACAGAGGCGGCACCUUCACGGAUUGUCUUGGGAUAGUCAGCACUCCAGGGAGUGAGGAACGAAACAUCCUGGUUAAAAUCCUAUCACAAGAUCCCGCAAAUUACCCAGAUGCUCCCAGGGAAGGCAUUCGCCGUAUCUUGGAAGAGGCCACCGGGAGGUCAUUUCCCCGGAAUCAGAAUAUCGACACCUCUCUCUUCGGCAGUCUCAGCAUUCGAAUGGGCACAACAGUGGCUACCAAUGCGUUGUUAGAACGAAAAGGUGACCGGGUGGCACUACUUAUCACCGAGGGUUUCUCUGAUGCAUUGAAAAUUGGGUUACAAUCUCGGCCAAAGAUUUUUGAACUCAACAUCCGGAAGCCCGACGUGCUUUAUGAAAAAGUAGUGGAAGUCUCUGAGAGAGUCACAAUUGAAAGCUACCAACAGAGCCCGUCCUACGAUGCUGACAUAGAGGCUGUUGCGAAGGCAGCCCUGAAUGAUUCCGACCUUGUCAAAGGUGUCAAUGGGCAAAUAAUUCGCAUUUUGAAAAGAUUAGACAAGAACAAGGUCAAGCGUGACCUCCAAAAUCUCUUCGAGGAAGGCUUCAGAAGCAUCUGUGUUUGUCUGGCACAUUCCUACACUUUCCAAGAUCAUGAGCUGAAAAUUCAGGAACUCGCUUCUGAUAUUGGGUUUGAUCAAGUCACACUGUCAUGCCUUACUCUUCCAAUGAUCAAAAUGAUCUCUCGAGGGAUGUCUGCCACUGCAGAUGCAUACCUCACGCCCGUUGUAAAGGAAUAUAUCAAAGGCUUCCAAGCUGGUUUCACGGAUGGUCUCAGUGCAUCAAACACACAGUGUCAGUUCAUGCAGAGCGAUGGCGGUCUCGUAGACAUCAAGAAAUUCAGUGGCUUAAGAGCUGUUCUUUCCGGCCCUGCUGGAGGAGUUGUUGGCCAUGCAAGAACGAGCUAUCACCCAGAGGAAAAUCAACCAAUCAUUGGUUUUGAUAUGGGAGGCACAAGCACUGAUGUCUCCCGGUUUGAUGGAUCCUUCGAGCAUACAUUUGAGAACUUCACAGCCGGAAUCUCCAUUAUGGCACCCCAACUCGACAUCAACACAGUAGCAGCUGGAGGCGGCAGUAUCUUGCAUUGGAGGCACGGCCUCUUCGCUGUUGGCCCGGAUUCAGCUGGUGCACAUCCAGGACCGGCGUGCUAUCGUAAAGGUGGACCUUUGGCUAUCAGCGAUGCAAAUGCCUUAACUGGACGACUGCUGCCCAAUUACUUUCCCAAAAUAUUCGGCAAGAAUGAGAAUGAGCCACUGGAUAUCGAAAUCACGAGGAUCAAGUUUGCUGAGCUAGCAAGGCAAAUUAACGAGGAGACAAAGCAAAAUAAGACCCCUGAAGAAGUGGCCAUGGGAUUCAUUGAGGUAGCGAACGAGGCAAUGGCCAAACCUAUCCGUGCACUUACUGAGGCACGUGGUUUCGAGACUUCUGCUCAUUAUCUUGCAUGCUUUGGAGGAGCGGGAGGGCAGCAUGCUUGCGCUAUUGCCGCUUCACUCUCCGUCAAACGGGUCAUUAUCCACCGCUAUUCUUCGAUACUCUCUGCAUAUGGAAUGGCACUCGCAGAUACUGUCCAUGAAGUCCAAAGGCCGGCUUCCGGAACCUUUACAUCAGCAGAAUCAAUUCAGCAUAUCAUUGAUGAACUAAAGACCGAGGUCGGCCGAGAGCUUCAGAAUGACGGCAUCGAGAAGAACCUCAUCAAACAUGAAGUCUAUCUCAAUCUUAGAUAUCAAGGAACCGAUAACAGUAUUAUGGUGCUAGAACCAAAGGAUGGCGACUUCUUGGAAGAAUUCAACAGGCAGCAUUACCGAGAGUACUCAUUCACUUUCCCCGAAAAGAAUGUUUUACUCGAGGACAUUCGUGUCCGAGGUAUUGGCCAAUCUGUGGAUGACACCAAUGAAUCACCCUACAAGGAGUUACAGUCGGUGAACACAUUCGAUGUCUCUGGGAAGCUAAUAGAUAGUAGAUCACCAGUCUACUUUUCUCAAACAGGCUGGGUCGACACACCUAUCUAUCGACUUGAGACCUUGCAGCCUGGUGGUCUCAUCCAAGGGCCAGCCGUCAUCAUCGACAACACUCAAACGCUGAUUGUAGAGCCAUUUGUCAAAGCGACUAUUCUCAUUCGCCACGUCAUUCUGGAUCUCCCAUCCACAAGGUCACAGCAACUCAGUGAGACAACUAUUGAUCCUAUCAGCCUGUCUAUCUUCGGGCACAGGUUUAUGUCUAUAGCUGAGCAGAUGGGCAGAACGUUCCAGAAAACGUCUGUGUCCACGAAUAUCAAAGAAAGAUUAGAUUUUUCCUGUGCCCUUUUCUCGCCGGAUGGGCGCUUGGUUGCAAAUGCGCCUCAUGUCCCUGUUCAUCUCGGUUCAAUGGAAUAUGCGGUUAGGUUCCAGAAUGAAAACUAUAAAUCAGACCUCCGCCCGGGCGAUGUUCUCUGCAGCAAUCAUCCUGUGGCAGGUGGAGUUCACCUACCUGAUAUUACUAUCAUGACGCCAAUUUGGGAUAGAGAAGGUGAAAACAUCAUCUUUUGGGUCGCAUCUCGCGGCCACCAUUCCGAUGUUGGAGGAAUCAGUCCCGGAUCCAUGCCUUCGAACAGCAAAUUCUUAUAUGAAGAAGGAGCCGCUGCUAUUAGCUACAAGGUUGUCCGUGAUGGGCGAUUCGACGAAGAAGGAACACGCAAGUUCCUGUACGAUGAACCAUCGCAGUACGAGAGCUGUAGUGGCAGCCGUAAUUACAAGGACAACGUGUCAGAUAUACAUGCUGCGAUCGCCGCCAACCGUAAAGGGGCCAGCCUUAUCGAUGGGCUUGUUAGAGAGUUUUCACUCCCCAUUGUUCAUCUUUAUAUGAACGCUAUCUCUGAAAAUGCUGAGAAAGCGGUAAGGGCUUUUCUACGCAAGACGGCCAAGUCCAUUGAGAAGCCUGUUCUCUCCUUUGAAGACUACUUGGACGACGGCUCGAUUCUUAAGUUAGAGAUACGCAUUCAUGAAGAGACUGGCACCGCCGACUUUGACUUUACGGGAACAUCUGAAGAGACCCUCAACUGUCUCAACGCCCCAAAAUCGAUCACUUUCUCCUGCAUCAUCUAUUCACUUCGUUGUCUUAUUGAUGUGGAUAUCCCGCUCAACCAAGGGUGUUUAGUACCAAUCAACGUCAUCAUCCCAGAGAGCACAGUUCUUAACCCCAGCCAGUAUGCAGCAGUGUGUGCAGGUAAUAGUAUCACGUCGCAACGCAUUACCGACGUGAUUCUGGGAGCAUUUGGGGCUAUUGCUGCUUCGCAGGGAUGCGUUAAUGUUUUCGGGUUUGGUAUGGGCGGAAAGAACGCCGCAGGAGUAGAUGUGCCAGGGUUUGGCUACAUUGAAACCAUCGCUGGCGGCCACGGCGCUGGGCCUGGUUGGAACGGGACGUCAGGUGUUCAUACAAACUCUUCAAAUACCCGGUGCGCUGAUCCCGAGGUCUUCGAACUGAGACUUCCUGUCAUUCUCCGACAAUGGACCCUACGACCUGGAUCUGGUGGCAAGGGGGAGUUCAGCGGCGGCGACGGUUGCGUCCGAGACGUGGAGUUCCGCAUUCCACUUCAAGUCUCAAUGCUUAGUGAACGGCGUGUGGUGAGGCCUUAUGGAAUGGCCGGAGGAGAACCAGGCGCCGCUGGCAAGAAUAUCUAUAUCCGGAAAGAGGCUGAUGGCGUGGUCCGGAGAAUUAACAUUGGUGGCAAAAUGGAGUUGAACGUCACCCCUGGCGAGAGGGUUAUCAUCAACACGUAA